GACGAGGAAACGUGAAGGAAACGAGAAGGAAGCAUGACGGUGGUCUGUGGUCGCUCAGGAGCAGAAGUCGCUGCGUUUUCUCUCUGUGUCUCUGUGUGAUGAAGGUGAUGAAGAUGCUGCUGCUCCUCUUCCUCGUCUCCUCAGCUGUUUUCAGCUGCUGUCUCGCGCUCAGCUCUCAUUUCAGUGCAGAUGGCGCUGCGCUCAGUGAGCUGUCCUGGACGUCGUCCCUGGCCGCGGUGUCCAUCUCCUUCUCUGCACUCUUCACCCUCGUCUUCCUCAUGUUGGCCUGUGUCUGCUGCAGGAAGAACAAAGUCCGCUUCAAGGAGUUUAAGAACGUGGACGGCGAUGACUUCCACGGCGACACACGUCUGGCAUCGCCGACGUCGCAGGGCAGCCCCGACGUCUACAUCCUGCCCCUCACUGAGGUGUCACUGCCGGUCGCUAAGCAACCAGUUCGAGCAGUUCAACUCCUGAAGUCAGCAGAAAUCUGUCGUCACAAUCUGCUUUACCUGAGAGACAUCGCCUCCUCGUUCCCUCUCCUGGAGCAGUUCUCAGCAGGUGAUGGCUUCCAUUCAGAGUCUGGGGAUGAUGUGCUAACGGUCACUGAAACCAGCAAUGGCUUGAACUUUGAGUAUAAGUGGGAGCAGGCCAGAGCAGAGCAAGACUCCUCGAGUGGCCUCGGUCAUUGUCAGGAAGGAUUUUACCCUCUGGGGGCGAUGUUGCUAGGAGGCUGCUCUCUGCAGAGUCUCAGUCAUGGAGUUUCUCCUUCUUACUACCACACAGAACAUCUACAUGCUCCUGGUGUACUUCCUGUCCUCAGUGCCCACAGCCCCUCAGUGAGCAGUGAAUACUUCAUCCGCAUUGAGGAGCCAAUGGGUUGUACCAUUGAUCCGGACUAUACCAUGUGCACCUACAGCCCAGAGUACCAGGGCAGCAGCGGGAGCUUCCUCAGUGAGAGUGCAGACUCUGGUGAGUGCAUGGCCUGCCCGUCACAGGCUCAGAACAUGGGUGUCGGUCCUUAUUGGUCAGAUGACAUCCACAAAUCAGAUGUGUACGACUCCAAUGACUCCAGUCCUGCGAUCUCCCUGACAAUGGAGCCGCUUUUAGGACAAGUGUUGCAUAACAGCCCUCUACGAGCCUGGGAGUCCAGCCAUUACGUGUCCUAUAAGGACAGAGAUGGUGGUUACUACUACGAUCCCUCACCGUCUUUAGGAAUAGAUCACUAUCUGACUGGAGGAGAGCAGUCAGGUGAUCAUCCUCAGGAAAGCUGCUCAAGAAGUUUGCGUCAAGCCUUGGGUGAGCUGGAAAACCCGUUGGGUAUAACGCCCUCUGCAGGCAAUCCACCUGAACAGGCCUACAGAGAUCCAUACCUGGACACAAGUCACACCUCCAUCAUCGGAAAGAAUGUCAGUGGAGGUUACUAUGACAUGAUGGGCUCGCUGAGGAAGACCAUGCCCAGUCAUACAAGACACAACAACCACUCUGUCAGCAUCAACAUGGACACAGAGGGGGUGCUCUUCAUCGGGCACAGGGACAGCGUUUCAGAAGAAGAAGAAGAAGAAGAAGAGGACAUUUUUGUGGAGAGAUAUACCUGCAACACCUGGCCUUCAAAACACCGCCACAGCAGCGCAGGUUGCAACAGACGGGCGAGUCACAGCUGCAGACCGGACACUUACGUGGAUUUCUACUACACAAUGCCGAGUACAGACAUCGAAGACUCGUGGCCAGAAGAUCAUAGCCUGGCUUUCCACUCUCUACCCAAACCUAUCAACUAUCCUGAGACCCACCAGGCCAAAGACAACAGUGCCUGCCUAAGCCUGAGCAAACACCACGCAGCGGUGCCUUUAGACAAGUGCAACACCUACAUCUACCUGUGCCACGAGGGGGAGGCUCCAGCACCAGUGUCCGGAGAGCUCUGCCACUCGUGCUUUGUUGAGCCACUGUCCGGCUUGUUAGUCAGAGACAACAGCUACAGUCACAACUAUAUUCACAGCAACUACAUCGCAGAGAAGAUCGUCGACACCCACUGCAGUGAGGAGAUGAUCAACCUCUCGCCGGCUCCGGGAGGUCCUAAUGUGGCCAGAACCUCCACGACAAAGAACGAGGUGAGUGGAGAGCUUUAUAUCGACCUCGCACGAGAGGAAACCUCUCUCAAAAAGAAGAGGGAGAAAAAUCUUAUCAUGCAAAAAACACCAGAGCAUAAAAUACAAGAGGUGACACUGACUCAGCUCAUAGCGCCUCCUGCUGACAACAUGCACGUAAUGGUGGUUCUCGCCGAUGCGGAGUCAGAGGAGAGUCACGCUGGAGACAGUGGUGUCGGCCGAGGGAGCUCCAGUGUUUGUGUUGCUGAUAUCCUUGACUGCAGUGACGAUGACAUCACAGAUGAUGUCACUGAUGUUACCUCAGGAAUCUUUGUUGAUGACUGCAGUGAGCUGAACAUGUCUCCUGCCCUGAAGACAUUACAGAAGCAGGUGGGAACUCCUGACUCCAUGGACUCAGUGGAUCUACCACCUGCAACUGGACCUUGUGAAGAUUUUAGCCCCGCCUCCUGUCAUCCUUCCAGCUCACCUAAAGCUAUGGAUAGUGGCUAUGACACUGAAAACAAUGAAAGUCCUGAGUUUGUGCCUAAAGAGUCUCAUGAAUCCCGCGAACAAGGUGUGGAAAAGCUCACCCUUGAUACAAGCCCGGAGGAAGAAGAGUUCCUGGAGGAGGAAGAAGAGGUCCUGGAAGAGGAGGAAGAGAUCCUGGAGGAGGAAGAAGAGGUCCUGGAGGAGGAUGAAGAGGUAGAGGUCCUGGAGGAAGAGGAAGAGAUCCUGGAGGAGGAAGAAGAGGUCCUGGAAGAGGAGGAAGAGAUCCUGGAGGAGGAAGAAGAGGUCCUGGAGGAGGAUGAAGAGGUAGAGGUCCUGGAGGAAGAGGUCCUGGAGGAGGAGGAAGAGGUCCUGGAGGAGGAAGUGGAGGCCAAAGUCAUGCUCGCAGAAGAUGAACCAUCACUGGAUCAAGACUUGAACUCAGAAACCCCCCACAGUGGUGAGCACAUGUUUUUACCGCUCAGUGAUGAGACUCCACACCGAGACUCUGCUUACUUCUCAGACUACGAGAAUGAGAGGCAGGCGAGGGAUGAACAGGAAGAACAAUCAGAGAGAAGAAGAGGUGAAGAAGAGAGGGAUGAGAAAAGGAGGGAUGAAGAUGAGGAAUCUAAAGACACUGCAGCAGAGACAGAGAUGGAGGAAUAUGUGACAGAAGAGUACGACCAUGAAGAAGAGCUGCUUCUGCCUCUGGAUUCUUCUGGUGCAGCCUCACUCACAGAGGGGACACUGGACGAAUGGCCGUCCCAGGAGGAGAGCUCGUCUCUGGGGGACUGGGCAGCUGAGGUGGUGGGAGCCAUGGAGGAAGCUCUUGGAGCUUUGCAUGGAGAUUGUUCUCACAAGGACGAAGAGGAAGACGAGGAAGAAGAAGAGGAGGUCAAGACAAACUCCAGUGAAACCUCAGAAACAACAGAAGAGCCAGUGAUCAAGACAAUCCAAAACAGAACACCAGGUGAAUUCACGCACUUUUUACCAAAAGAUGAGGUGGCGCUGCAGCACACGGCAAACGCCAGGCGUUUUUCUUCUUCUUCUCCUCCGCCUCCGUCCAUGCCUCCUCUGCUCAAAGCAACAGGAAGCCAAGGAACUCCAGCCGAUGGGGAGGAGGCAGACGAGGAGGACGGUGACACCGACGACAGCGAAGAGUCCGAUGACGAGCUGCAACCAUGCGGUGGCGAGGAGAGCGAGGACGAGUGUCAGCUGGUUCCCAUCGUGGUGAGCGACAACAGCGACGCCUACAAACUGCGAAGUCUCCUCAAGACGAUCACAGCGGAGAAGAUGGAGGAGGAGCCAGAACGCAGGAGGAAGACGGUGUCCUUCUUUGAUGAUGUCACAGUUUACCUCUUUGAUCAAGAGAGUCCGACGAAGGAGCUGUCAGAGCUCAGCCUUCCUGUAGCAGCAGAAGGUCAGAAGGUCAGAGGUCAGAACGCCUCCGACGACUCUGAUGGAAACAUUUCUGAAGAGAGUGCAGCUUAUGAGUGGGACGACGACGACUUCCCCCUCUUUCCUCUACCGACGUCCUCGGUGACAUCACAGUCCCCGCCCAUUCUUGCCACCCAUAGCUCCACCCCCAAAGCUCCGGCAGCCAGAGCUCAGUUGUCGAGAUUCACCAUCACUCACAUCUCAGACUCUGACUCAGCAGGAGGAAGCGGCGAAGAGUAAAGGGACAUUUACCACUUUUUCAGAAAACAGCAUGAGACACAAAGACAGUGAGGACACUGUUCGUCAUGUUUGUCAGAAAUAAUCCAGAGGACGAGAGCGAGUGAGAAAAUGACGACGCUUUUUAAGAGUUUUUUAAAAACACUCAAUCACAUGAUUUUUCAGAAGGAACGCGACAGACGUGAAUGUUUAUGUUUAACAUAAAUACAGCAGCAAGUGAUAGAUUAAGAUUAACGUGGUUCAUCAUCUUUUACAAAUAUAGCCAUGCAUGAUUUAAAUAAGAAAUAAGGUCACACACACACACACACACACACAAGCUCAGGAAUCCUGAAAAUUCACAUCCAAACAAAACCACCAGGAGGCGCACCAGCUCUCAUGACAGCCCGCCUGAGGUAGGCUCCGCCCACAACGACUUAAUCACCUGAGGUAGGCUCCGCCCACAACGACAUGACUUUUUUGUAGUCAGUUGUUACCAAAGCUGUAAUUGUGACCUUUGACCUUUCUGCUAAAGAAAUGUGUACGUGCAGCUGCUCAGUGGAACAGCAGGUGGCACUCUCUAUUAGAAUUAUGACUUUUUCUUUUUUUUAAUCUCAGAAUUUUUAUUUAAUAAUUUUGACUUUAAUCUCAGAAUUUUGACUUUAAUUUUAGAAUUCUGACUUUUUCUUUAAUCUCAGAAUUCAUGCUGUUUUAUUUUUAUCUUUCUCUGAACUGCUCUGUGAUUGGUCAAAUUCUCUGUGAACACGAUCAACAGCAGAAGUUUUAGUUCUUUCUAUGAUUCACAUUAUUAUUUAAAUUAUUCACAUUAUUAUUUAUGUUAUUAUUUAAAUUAUUCAUGUUAUUAUUUAUAUUAUUUAUGUUAUUAUUUAAAUUAUUCAAAUUAUUAUUUCUGUAAUGAUGAUGAUUACAGUGAAAACACAAACAUGUUAAAAAAAUAAAUAAAUAUUCAUCCAUACAAUUAUAAUUUAGUUUGUUCUUCAAAAUAAAAGCAUUUCUAUAAAACGAGCUGUGUGUGCGUGUGAGUGUUUGUGAGUGUGAGUGUAAGUGUGUGUGUGUGUGUGUGUGUGAGGACACUCAGGACAGUUGUGUAGUUAGAAUCUUGCAGAUGUGGAUGUUUGAUGAUGAAAAUCAGAGACAUUUUCUUGUGUUUAUUUUUGUCUUGUUUGAAGUAACAAAGAUAAAAGGUUUCAUUUGUGUUCCUGGUGUCAAACAUGAAUAAAGAUCAGCUUUGAUUCUUUCA